GAUGGCGAAACUUUACAGUGUGAAGUACGUGCGUCGUUGACAUACAACAGAGUGUAUGCGCUCCGAGUUCGAUCGAUGUUUCUUCUUCGAAGCGACAAGAAAAGGAAGUUACGAACAACGAUAUGGAACCGCAAGACGUUUACUACAGCAAGGCAGAAUACGUGGAAACGGCAUCGGGGAAUAAAGUGAGCAGACAGACAGUGUUAUGCGGAUCGCAGAAUAUUGUGUUGCACGGAAAAGUGAUCGUACAAUCGGAUGCUAUUAUCAGGGGCGAUUUGGCGAACGUGAGAACGGGACGUUAUUGUAUCAUCAGUAAGAACGCCAUCAUAAGGCCGCCGUUCAAAAAGUUCAGCAGAGGCGUUGCCUUCUUCCCUCUGACGAUGGGUGACCACGUUUUCGUAGGAGAAAGAGCAGUGGUUAACGCAGCCAUCGUCGGUUCUUACAUAUACAUUGGAAAAAAUGCGGUGAUCGGAAGGAGGUGCGUCUUGAAGGAUUGUUGUUACAUCGAGGAUGGAGCUGUGGUUCCACCGGAGACCGUAGUUCCCUCGUUCACUCGUUUCGCCGGCAAUCCUGCCAAGUGCGUCGAAGAUUUACCCGAGUGCACUCUCGACCUCAUGCUAGAAUUUACCAAGAAUUAUUAUCAACACUUUUUACCGUCUACUGUUUAACUCGUUUGUUCAUCGAAUCGAAUCGAGUUAUCGAUCGAAUCCCCCCUCUCGUCGUCGGAUGCUCGUCCUCCUCCUCAAAUUCGAAUUCGAACGGAACAGCUUUGCUCCACGUCGCGAUAGUCAUUGCAUCGUUACUCUUCAAUGUUCGACCCCAACGAAUUUGCUGGAUUUUUUUAUGCCAAACGAUUUCGAUCGCCAACACGACGAGACUGAGAAGCGUCCCAUAACCUAACGCGACCAGCGCGAAGUAACACUCGGUGAAACCUAUUCUAACGAAGCUCUUCCGUUCAUGACACUUGGGCUUGUUCGUGUACAGUCGGACAUCUUCGCGAACUUUGAGUCCGGUUUCUCUCAAUAGAAGAGCUCUACGAAAACGAAUUAAAAGUGUAACUGAUAUACAUAUAUACAUAUAUAAGUCGUUUAAGUCGCUCGCA